AUGCCCAGGGGCUAUAAUCCCCAAUACACCUUCGACUUCAACGAUAUAAAGAAGCGCAUCCUCUCCAACGCGAAUGCAUAUUACGCGCAUCGCUUCCCCGAAGCGCAACGCUAUGACUUCAUCACCUCAUCCAUCCCGCCGACCGACCGCCAAAAUGGUAUGGAGUACAGGGGCGCGCUGAUAGUAUACCCUGAUCCGAAGUCAAACGACUGGGUGAUGCUGUAUAAGAGUCACUCCUGGCCAGCCGUAGAAGAUACAGCGUUUGAGAUCAAGUCCUGGCUUGAAGAGAAGAUGAAGGCUGUGUUUGACAAGAUGGGCGAAGGCGAGAAGUGGGCCGGAACAAAGAAGAAGUCUAAGGACGAACUGUCAGGCAAUGAGAGAAGGUCUACUGCGGGCGAGGACCAGAUGGAGGAUGUGGAAACUGCAGAGAACAGCUCUAAAUCGACAGAUACUGCUACUGGCGAUAUCGGUGACGGUACUGGCACCGGCGUGCAAGGCGAAGAUAAGGAGGUUCCGAAACAGCCAGAAGACUCCACUACUGGCGACCAAGCAGAGGCUGCAAGCGACACCACCAUGCCAAUUCGGAAACGGAACAUGAAGAACGACGAGGAGCAGCGUGUCUUUGUUGGCGAGAAAGAUGACCCGCCUACCAAAGAAGAGAAGAAGGGCCCUGUCGAACCCGUCGUGAUUACGACCGAGUUGAAGCUUCCGCCGACCACUGAGAAGUAG